AUGAAUGGCGUGAAAGUCGUCACAGGUAACGCACUUAACAAGAAAUUGGCUGUACUAGAUGGAAUCGACUUUAGUGAUUCAUUUGGAGAGGAACAAGAACCAGAAUUAGAGAGUGAACUAGAUGUUUUUGAAAGUAUAGAUGAAAAUGAUAUUUGUAAAUUGUUGGAUAAAACAAAAAAGAAUGAUGCACAACCGGCAGGAUCUGUAAAACAAGAUGAAAACCAUAAAUUACCAUAUAAUGAACUCAAUGACUCUUUUACGUUCACUAGUUCAAUAAAUUUGGAUUUGGAAAAACCUUUAGAAAAGCGUGAAAGUACAGAGGUCCAGAAGAAGAUACAAAUUGGCGAUACUUCAAUUAAAAAUAAAACAUGUUCCAACUUAAUCGAAGAUCUACAUGAGUCUUUUGAAUUUAGUGAUCAUACGUCAAGUUUAAAUGCUAAACAGGUAAAACAGCCAUCACCAGAGUUUCUUUUUUCAGAUGAUGAUGUGGAAAUAAUUCAUACAGUACAAAAAUCACAUACCAGAAAAGAGUCAUCAGAUUUUGGGAGCGAUGUUGAAUUGGUAAAUCAUACAAUGCUAAAUUCACAUAACAGAAACGAGUCAUCAGAUUUUGGGAGUGAUGUUGAAUUGGUAAAUCAUACAAUGCUAAAUUCACAUAACAGAAAUGAGUCAUCAGAUUUUGGGAGCGAUGUUGAAUUAGUAAAUCAUACAGUACAGAAAUCUCAUACUAAAGACGAAUCAUUUGAUUUUGGAAGCGAUGAUGACUUAGUAGAUUUAGUUUUAGAAAACUUAAAUACACCAGCUAAAAAACGACCAGCGUCAUCCCAACAACAACCCACGCCUAUUAUAAAACGUCACCAUUCUCCAACACGAAGCUCAACACUCACAUCUUCGGACAUAAUAAAGAUAGGUAUGAAUUCAAGUAUUGAACUAUCGGAACAAGUUAUAGCUCCCCCUAGAAGAAGCCUAGCAAAAAUUCCAACUCAAUCAUCUCCUACUACGCCAUUAGAACCGUUGACAUCAAAUAAUCCCGUCCUGCCUGCUCACAAUUCUCCAUCGAAAAUCAUUGAUUUGAGAAAAAAAUUCAACAUACCCACAGUUCCAGCGUCAACUAGAAACUACUCAACUAACUCUGCCAUAGCUUCAGCGGCGCUUACGUCAACUUCAAAAUCAAGUAAACCACAACUGAAUCAUACUUUACUACUAGCUACUCAAAGACCAAACAUAGAAUCUUCAAACUUACCUGAUUCCAAACCCCAAAGUGGGAAAAUAGUGCAACCGAUUAUUUUAUCAAAAGAACAAGAAGCAGUGCUACAACAAGUUUUGAAAGGUGUAUCAUUAUUUUAUACAGGUUCUGCAGGUACAGGUAAAUCAGUAUUAUUAAGAUCCAUAAUCAAAGCUUUAAGAGACAAACAUGGGGGUGGAGUUGCUGUUACUGCUUCAACUGGUUUGGCAGCAUGUAACAUCGGUGGAACUACCUUGCAUAGAUUUGGCGGUAUUGGGUUAGGUCAAGCUAGUGUAAAAAACUUGGUAAAAAAGAUAAAACGUAAUCAAAAAGCAGUUAAAAGGUGGCAAGACACUAAAGUUUUGAUUAUAGAUGAAAUAUCUAUGGUUGAUGGAAUUUUGUUGGAUAAAUUGAGUGAGAUUGCACAAAAGAUUAGAGAUAAUACACUACCUUUUGGUGGAAUUCAAUUAGUUGCAUGUGGUGAUUUCUAUCAAUUACCUCCAGUUGUUAAAAAUGAUCAAAAAGUGGAAAAAGAUAUUGAAGUACUUUUUUCAUUUGAGUGUGAUGCUUGGAAAGAAACGAUCCAACAAACUAUUAUCUUGAAAGAGAUUUUCAGACAAAAAGGUGAUCAAACUUUUAUUGAUAUGUUGAAUGAAAUGAGGGAUGGCAAACUAUCUGAAAGAACCAUUUCUGAAUUCCAAAGAUUAUCAAGACCACUACCUUGCCCUGAUGGUAUCGUGCCUGCUGAGUUGUAUGCCACUAGAGCUGAAGUUGAACUGGCUAAUAAAAGGCGUUUGAACGCAUUAAAGGGUCAAGCAAUUCAUUAUCGAGCUAAGGAUUCGGGAAUUUUACCAGAGCCUGAUAAGAGUCGUUUAUUACAAAAUUUCUUAGCUCCAUUAGACUUAUAUUUAAAAGUAGAUGCCCAAGUCAUGUGUAUAAAGAAUUUUGAUGAAACACUAGUUAAUGGUUCAUUAGGUCAAGUGGUUGAUUUUAUGGAUAGAGAUACAUAUAUGAAAGCUUAUGGUCCAACUGAGGAAGAAAAUGUGAUGGAUGAUGAAAUGUUGCGUGAUUUUGUUUUCAAUGAACCUGCAACAGAGCCUGCAGAACCUGCACCUUCAACUUCAAAAAUUAUAGCAUCUAAAUCAUUGUCGCAGCAAAACUUAUCACCCGAGGAACAAACUCUGUUGGAAAGGAAAAAGGAGUUGAAUGAUGAUUUAAUGGGUGAUUUCAAAAACAAAAAAUAUCCAUUGGUUAAGUUUUCCUCACCUGACGGAGUUAAUAGUAGAACUGUUUUAGUUGAACCCGAAAAUUGGACUGUUGAGGAUGAAGAGGGUAAGGUGUUAGUGUCUAGAGUUCAAUUUCCUUUAAUGCUUGCUUGGUCAUUAUCUAUUCAUAAAUCUCAAGGUCAAACUUUGAGCAGAGUUAAAGUUGAUUUAAAAAGAGUAUUUGAAAAUGGUCAAUCCUAUGUUGCAUUAUCUAGAGCUACUUCAAGAGAAGGAUUACAAGUUUUGAACUUCUUGGAAAGUAAAGUUACGUCAAAUCCAAAAGUUAUAAAAUUUUACAAAUCGUUACAAAGUGUUUAUGGAAAUAAAAAUUCUGAAUAUGAAUAA